UGCCGCGGAGACUCGGCUGGGGAUAACAUGGCGGCGGUGUGGGCCCGGGUGGUCGGCCGGCGGUAGCGGAGGGGCGAGGGACGGGGCUAUCGCCGCCCGCGGUGGCGGAGUGAGGGAGCGGUGUCCCUGCGGGGCGGAGAGCGGUGCCGGGACAUGGAGACGCCGCGGGUGGAGCAGCUCUUCGACUUCAGGAGGUUGCCUACAGAUGGUUUAAUCCUGACCCUCCUGGUAUUAUACGCUCCAUUUGGCAUCUGUUUAAUGCUUCUCAGGAUAUUUAUUGGGAUUCAUGUGUUUUUAGUCAGCAGUGCCCUCCCUGAUAACUUUUUGCGAAGAAUUAUCGUGCGAGCAAUGUGCUCGGUUUUGGGUAUGUUUGUUUCUCAAACAGACCCCAGGCAGCGAGAUAAAAAUGUCAAAACCUACAUCGCCAACCACGUCACCCAGUUUGAUCACAACGUGCUGAGUUUCAUCGCACCGUGUCACACGCCCUUGCUGGAGGGUCGGUCUGGGUUUGUGAGCUGGGCUCGCGGCUACCUGGAGCUGGGCUGGGUAGACAGCCGAACGCGUCUUGUGGAGUCGCUCCGAGAGUACAACUCCCUGGAGGGGGAGCGGACAUUGCUGUUGUUCCCAGAGGAUGAAAUGACCAAUGGAAAGGUUGGGCUCCUGAAAUUCAGCUCCUGGGCUUUUUCUGUAGAUAGUACUAUUCAACCUGUGGUGUUAACUGUGAAGAGGCCCUUCAUAGCUGUGAGUGUCGUCGAUUCCUCUUGGGUUGCCGAGCUGCUGUGGAUGUUUUUUAUUCCCUUCACCAUAUACCAAGUAAGGUGGCUGCCCAGUAUGUCCCAAAUGGAAGGUGAAUCGGAGGAGGAAUUUGCUGUCAGAGUGCAAGAGCAUUUAGCUAUGGAACUCGGUAUUGUAUCGACUCAUCACACCAAGUCUGACAAACUGGAAUACCUCAAAAGAAUGAAGCACAUGGCACCUCAAGAGGCCAGCUCAGGAAUGAACACUCGGCCUUCGGGAGCUCGACCUCGGACCUUCCUUCCAGGACUGAGCAUCAGCAGUCUGUCUGCAGAGGAUGUUCGUAUCGCGGGAAUGGCGAAGCAAGUCAAAGAGGUGCUGCCUCACAUCCCACUCAAUGUCAUUAAAAUGGACUUAGUCAGUACAAAGUGUGUUGACACGACCAUCACAAACCUGCUGGAGGGAAGGGUGCAGUUCGCCCCAGAAGAAGUGUCUGUCAGCCCCUCCAGCCUUUCCUUGUCAAAUAAGCCUCACCCGGCCCCUCGCAAUUUGACCACGUCUCAGAAGAAGGUGCCGAGGGAUGUAUCUACACCCAAGCUUAUUUCUAAAACAACGUUUGAGAAAUCGCCAGUUGACAGACAUCUGUCCCUGCAAGAAAGGAAAGAAGCCCUGUAUGCUUAUGCAAAAAGGCGAUACAUUGAGAAGCAUGGGCUGCAGACACAGACUGACGAGAACGAGGACGGGCAGCACUGAGUUUGGCUACAGGACCUGAGACUUGGCCCAGCAUUUCACUUCGUAGUUCCACACAAGCGGCACUUGAAUCAUUUUUCCUUCCCUUUUGCCUUUUUCUUGGGGGGAUUGUUUGUCUUUCGUUUUUGGAACAACUUUCUCUUCGAUAAUAUAGGUCUGAUUUUUAAGAUGUUUUAUGGGCAAACUUUUCAAGAAUCAAUUGCUGGGGGUGGGAGAGGGAGGGAGGAGUUCUGCAGAGUAAUCUGCAUAGCAAUCAUGCAUGUUCCUGUCAUGGAUACUUCUGGGAAGCGGUUGUGUCCUUGUAUUUUUGGAGUCUUUAUAAAGAGCUUACAACUG